CCCUUUGAAUGUCCUAUCUGUGGGAAAAGUUUUAGUCGCAGUUCUCACCUGGUGAUACACCAGAGGACUCACACAGGAGAGAAACCCUUUGAAUGUCCUAUUUGUGGGAAAAGUUUUAGUGAUAAUUCCAGCCUGGUGAAACAUCAGAGGACUCACACAGGAGAAAAACACUUUGAAUGUUCUGACUGUGGGAAAAGAUACAGUCAGAAUUCCUACCUGGUAAUACAUCAGAGGAUUCACACAGGGGAGAAACCCUUUGAAUGUCCUGACUGUGGAAAAAGGUUCAGUCAGAAUUCCACCCUGGUAGUGCACCAGAGGACUCACACAGGAGAGAAACCCUUUGAAUGUCCUGACUGUAGAAAAAGUUUCAGUCAAAAUUCUCACCUUAUGAGACACCAGAGGAUCCACAUAGGAGAGAAACCUUUGAAUGUCCUGACUGUAGGAAAGGUUUCAGUUAGAAUUCCUUCCUAGUGAUACACCAGAGGAUUCACACCAUGGAGAAAUCUUUGAAAUGUCCAGUCUGUGCACAUUACUUCCAGCAUCAAUUAUCUCUUGUUGCACACAAGAAAAUACACAUGAGACAAAAGUUGAAGAGUUUAGAGAAGUGUUGAAUUUCAUUUGUGAUCUCCCAUUGAAAGUGUAGACAAAGAAGAUGGCAAAAGGAGCACUUGGGACAACUAUAAAUAACAAGCGACAUUGAAAAGGGGAAAAAAAUCAAGCCAGAAAUCAAACUAUUUUCCAUUUCUUUCAGAAAACCACACAAUUCUUCUCCACCUCCAGGAGAUAUUAGACAAAGGAGAGAAAAUCAAGAACAAUUUCAAGUUGGAAUAGGCAGAUUAUGCAGAACUCAAGGAUAUAUUAUAUGAAAAGUCAAAGGAGAUUAUA